AUGUUGCUGCUCGAGAAGCAAUGGGUCAAUGUUCAGGAGAAGACUUUCACGAAAUGGCUCAAUAACAAGAUAGCGGCUCGCAACGUCGCCGUGCAGUCCCUUGUCACAGACCUCUCCGAUGGCAUCAUCCUUAUCCACUUGCUCGAAGUGCUUAGCAACGAAUCCCUUGGCCGAUAUGCAUCGAUACCAAGGCUUCGCGUACAGAGAUUCGAAAAUGUCAACAAAUCGUUGGAGUAUAUUAAGAGCCGGGGCAUUCAGAUGACGAAUAUUGGAGCCGAGGACGUGGUAGAUGGCAACAGGAAGAUUAUCCUUGGCCUGAUAUGGACACUCAUUCUACGGUUCACCAUCUCGGACAUCAACGAAGAGGGCUUGACAGCAAAAGAGGGUCUGCUACUCUGGUGCCAAAGGAAGACGGCAUGCUACGAGGAUGUGGAAGUUAGGGACUUUUCCGGGUCGUGGAAUGACGGGUUAGCCUUCUGCGCCUUGUUGGAUAUUCAUCGCCCUGAUCUGAUGGACUACGACUCACUGGAUAAGAAUGAUCAUCGUGGCAAUAUGCAAUUAGCCUUCGACAUUGCCAGCAAAGAAAUCGGGAUUCCGGACCUGCUCGAUGUAGAAGACGUCUGCGACGUUCCACGGCCGGACGAACGAUCUCUGAUGACCUACAUAGCAUACUGGUUUCACGCUUUCAGCGCGAUGGAGAAGGUGGAGAAUGCCGGCCGAAGAGUCGAGAAGUUUGUUACGAACAUGCAGGGAGCGUGGGAGAUGGAGUCCGCCUACGAGAAGCGCAUGCGCGAACUCUUACGCCAGAUCGCCCUCAAAAGGCAAGAAUGGUCCAAUUCCUCUUUCGCGGGCACCUACGCAGACGCAAAAUCUCAGGCGGUGGCGUUUGCAUCCUACAAGCGUUCACAGAAGCGGAGUUGGGUGGGGGAGAAAUCAGACCUCGCUACACUUCUCGGCAACAUCAGAACAAAACUUUCCACCUACCGCCUUAGACCCUAUGAACCACCCUCCGACAUCAGUCUUGAAGCUCUUGAUGCUGCCUGGCUUGGUCUGACCCAAGAAGAACAUCAACGCAGCAAACUCAUCAACUCCACCAUCCGCGACAUAAAAAACGCCCUCCGCCGCACUUUCGCCGACAAAGCCAAUGACUUUGCGAUGACGCUUAAUGCCCUAUCCCUAACCAUCAGUGGCCUCGAAGGUGAUGUUGACGACCAGCUCUCCCAUGUCCAACGUCUCUCCUCCAACCUCUCCCCGCUAGAAGAAUACCUCGAAGUCAUUGCGGAUCUAGACGCCCAAUGCCAAGAAGCCAACGUCGAAGAGAAUGAUUUUACCACUUACACCUAUGACGAGCUGCUCUACGAGCUCAGUCUUGUGAAAACGAGCGUGAGCAAGAAGUUAACCUUCCUCGAGAACCAGAUGGUCGCACGCAGCAUGACAAACUUGACGCCGAUUCAACUCGAGGAGUUCGAGAGCGUAUUCCGCCAUUUCGACCGUGAUGGCAGUAAUACGCUUCAAGAACUUGAAUUCUCUGCUGCAUUGGCUAGUUUGGGUUUGGUGUAUGACGAAGAGGAAAUGCAUGAUGUUUAUCGAGAUGUAUGCUGUAAAGGGCUAGAAUCCGGAACGGCACGCGGAAAUGGAGCUGUAGUAAGUGCGGGUGUGAGGAGACAACGCGAGAAAGAAGGGGUAGGCUUCGAGCAGUUUAUUCGCUUCAUGGUCAGUGUGACGGAAGACCAGAAUACUGCGGAGCAGGUCUUCCAGAGUUUCAGAGAGGUGGCGGAUGGAAAGCCAUACGUCACGGAAAUGGAUCUUCGCCACUCUCUGAUCCCGGAUGAUCUGAUCGAGGACCUACUUCACAGCAUGCCGAAGCAUACAGGUCCAGAUCUAGAAGUCGACAGGCAGGUACCUAAGUAUGAUUACAUUGGAUUUAUGGAGAAGAUGGCCGGUGGUGGUGACACUUCUCGGAGUGCGGGUAAUCACAAGACGGCGCCAAGGUCUCCCGCGAAGUCGAGCUUGAAAUUGAAUGGUGGAGCAGCGGUUCAAUCAUCACCAAGGAAGGAAAAUCCGAGGUCAGUGAAUGGGAUGCCACAAGGAGCAGGCACCUGA